AUGAUUUAUCUACCCUUAAUACGCUUAAAGAUUGAAAACAAUAACGAACGUCUGCUUCAAUUAAUAAGGAAGUUUAAUGCUGAACUAAAAGUCAUAGCAAACAGUUAUGAAAGUCUCAUCAAGUACCAUCAAAGUCUUCUAGAAGUUGCUAGAGAAGUAGGAGACAAGGCCGAAGAGGGAAGAAGUUAUGGCAAUCUCGGCUGCGCUUAUCAAGGUUUAGGACAGUUCAAAACAGCCAUCGAGUACCAUUAACGUAGCCUAGAAAUUGCUAAAGAAGUGGGAGACAAGGCCGGAGAAGGAGGAAGUUAUGGCAAUCUCGGCAACGCAUAUCGAGGUCCAGGACAGUUCAAAACAGCAAUCGAGUACCAUCAACGUCGUCUAGAAAUUGCUAAAGAAGUGGGAGACAUGUCCGGAGAGGGAAGAGGUUAUUGCGGUCUCGGCAACGCUUACCACAGUCUAGGACAGUUCAACACAGCAAUCGAAUACCAACAACGUAGUUUGGAAAUUACUAAAGAAGUGGGAGACAAGGCCGAAGAGGGAAGAAGUUAUGUCAAUCUCGGCUGCGCUUAUCAAGGAUUAGAACAAUUCAAAACAGCAAUCGAGUACCAUCAACGUAGUCUAGAAAUUGCUAAAGAAGUGGGAUACAAGGCCGAAGAGGGAAGAAGUUAUGGCAAUCUCGGUUGCGCUUAUCAAGGAUUAGGACAGUUCAAAACAGCAAUCAAGUACCAUCAACGUAGUCUAGAAAUUGCUAAAGAAGUGGGAGACAAGGCCGGAGAGGAAAGAGGUUAUUGCGGUCUCGGCAACGCUUAUCAAGUUCUAGGACAGUUCAAAACAGCAAUCGAGUACCAUCAACGUCAUCUAGAAAUUGCUAAAGUGGGAGACAAGGCCGGAGAGGGAAGAGGUUAUUGCGGUCUCGGCAACGCUUAUCAAGUUCUAGGACAGUUCAAAACAGCCGUCAAGUACCAUCAACGUAGUUUGGAAAUUGCUGAAGAAGUGGGAGACAAGGCGGGAGAGGGAGGAAGUUAUUGCGGUCUCGGCAUUGCUUAUCACAGUCUAGGACAAUUCAAAACAGCAAUCGAGUGCCAUCAACGUCAUCUAGAAAUUGCUAAAGAAGUGGGAGACAAGGCUGGAGAGGGAAGAAGUUAUGGCAAUCUCGGCAACGCUUAUCACAGUCUAGGACAGUUCAACACAGCAAUCGAGUACCAUCAACGUAGCCUAGAAAUUGCUCAAGAAGUGGGAGACAAGGCCGAAGAGGGAGGAAGCUAUGGCAAUCUCGGCUGCGCUUAUCACAGUCUAGGGCAGUUCAAAACAGCAAUCGAGUACCAUCAACGUCACCUAGAAAUUGCUAAAGAAGUGGGAGAAAUAUCCAAAGAAGUGGGAGACAAGACUGGAGAGGUGUGCUCACUCUGUUCCCUUGGAAGCAUUUUUGAGUGCCAAGGAAAUCUUAUGAUGGCCUUUGACUGUUAUUACUUGAGUGUACAGUUGUAUGAUGAUAUUAGGGCCAGUCUUCAACUCAACGAUCGGUGGAAGAUUUGUUAUCGUAAUCAGCACCAAAGUGCAUACGAAGGUUUG